CCCACCUCCCGCGCUCCGCGCUCGCUGCGGCCAGUCUCGGGCGUCCCGGUCAGUGUCCAGCUGCCGCGGCCUCGGCCCCGGCGACUCCCGCCCCCAGCCCCCCUUCCCUCCGCGGGCAGCGGCUCCCUCCCUCCCCAGAACAGCUGAAGGUCUCAGUCACCUCCGAGGGGAGCGCAGGGGGAGGGGAGGGGCGGAGGGGAGGUGGGGGAGCCUUGACGCUGCUGCCCGGGACGCGGCCCGGGGCUGGUGGGAACCGGGGCGUCCUCCUGCGCGCCCCCCUCCCCCGCGUCCCAUCUCCCGGCGGCGGCGGGGAAAGUCUCUCCGAAAGCGUGAAGGGGGAUUGGAGGAGGUUUUUAUUUCCCUUUGUGCGGGUGGCUGGGGCCGGAUCGAGGCGGCGGGGGCCGCGGGAUUGGGGGCUCCCCGCUGAGCCGAGAGGAGCGCGACAAAGGAUGCGUCCCGCCGGGGUCACAGUCUCCGCGGCCCAACUUUGCGCGCGGCGCCCGCGCCCCUGGGGAGCCCGCCCGCUGCCCUGAGAACCCAGGCGUCCGGGCUGGGAGAGGGGCCGGGAGCAUCCGCAGGUGGCGCUGGCCCGGAUCUCCCGACCCCAGGAAGGGAUCCCGGAGCUUCCUGGAGGCGGCGGGCGGCCGUGUCGCUCCAGGGAACCGCGCUGCCCGCGGAAACUCCGCGCGCCUCCGCGGAUGCCCCUCGCCCUAGCCCCCAGCGCGCGGGGUUCAGGGCCCUGCGAGGCCCCCCCUUCCCCCGCGGUGCUUCCCAAGCUGGGCUAAGGCGGUCUUAUCUUCCUCCCUCCUCUGUCGCCUGCUUUUCCUCCCCCUCGUUCACCUUUUCCUUCCCUCUAUCCAUCCAGAGCCCCGCCAAAGGGUGCACCUGAUCUUUCUCCUCCUUCCCUGCUCUUCCCUUCCUCUCCACCUCCUCUUCCUUGGGGAAAGGGGCCCGGAGAAGGGCAUGUGGGGGCCCCUCUGACAGUGGCCCGAUUGGGGUGACAGGCGCCCAAAUGGCCAAGUGGCUACGGGACUACCUGAGCUUUGGGGGUCGGAGGCCCCCUCCGCAGCCGCCCACCCCGGACUACACCGAGAGCGACAUCCUGAGGGCCUACCGCGCGCAGAAGAACCUGGACUUCGAGGACCCCUAUGAGGACGCGGAGAACCGCUUGGAGCCGGACCCCGCGGGCCCUGGGGACUCCAAGAACCCCGGAGAUGCCAAGUAUGGUUCUCCCAAGCACCGGCUCAUCAAGGUGGAGGCUGCGGAUAUGGCCAGAGCCAAGGCCCUUCUGGGCGGCCCCGGGGAGGAGCUGGAAGCCGACACUGAGUAUUCAGACCCCUUUGAUGCUCAGCCUCAUCCUGCACCCCCGGAUGAUGGGUACAUGGAGCCCUACGAUGCCCAAUGGGUCAUGAGUGAACUUCCUGGCAGAGGGGUGCAGCUCUAUGACACCCCUUAUGAGGAACAGGACCCAGAGACAGCAGAUGGACCCCCUUCUGGGCAGAAGCCUCGGCAGAGCCGGAUGCCCCAGGAAGAUGAACGGCCAGCAGAUGAGUAUGAUCAGCCCUGGGAGUGGAAGAAAGACCACAUCUCCAGGGCGUUUGCAGUGCAGUUUGACAGUCCAGAGUGGGAGAGGACUCCAGGCUCAGCCAAGGAGCUCCGGAGACCUCCGCCCAGAAGCCCCCAGCCUGCGGAGCGUGUGGACCCAGCCCUGCCCCUGGAGAAACAGCCGUGGUUUCAUGGCCCCCUGAACAGGGCGGAUGCAGAGAGCCUCCUGUCCCUCUGCAAGGAAGGCAGCUACCUAGUGCGGCUCAGCGAGACCAGCCCCCAGGACUGCUCCUUGUCUCUCAGGAGCAGCCAGGGCUUCCUGCAUCUGAAGUUCGCGCGGACCCGUGAGAACCAGGUGGUGCUGGGCCAACACAGCGGGCCCUUCCCCAGCGUGCCCGAGCUCGUCCUCCACUACAGUUCACGCCCACUGCCUGUGCAGGGUGCCGAGCAUCUGGCUCUGCUGUACCCCGUGGUCACGCAGACCCCCUGACAGUGACCCUCGGCCCCCUUUUGAGUCCUCGGGCCCAGAAUCGUAUCCCAAAGCCCUCCCAUGGCCUAGAAAAUAAAUAAGUUAUUGUUU